AUGGAUAUUUCAACUAUGAUAAAAGAUAAAGGAGACGGUGGAUUGGAAAAGAGUAACAACACUGCAUUGGGAAAAUAUGCAGUAGAUGAAUUGGAAAAACGAUUUAAGCAGGGAGUAUAUAAUAAACAAACUAAAGUUCUUAGAUUUGGAAGAAAUGAAAGUUUUGAAAGGAGCGCGGACUCAGAAUUAAGGUCGAGAUUAAAGAAACUGGAAAAUGAAAUAUUCCAAACAGAACAAAAAAUUAAUGAACCAAUAAAUGAUGCUUGGCAAUUUUCUACCUUGCAAGCAAAAUCAAAUCGUUUGAAAGCUGAGAAAAAAUUCAUCAUUGAUGAGUUGACAAAAUUGACUACUACAAACAGUAGGUCAGAAAAAUAUGAUAUAUAUAGAACUUGGGCUAGCAAAGAAGAUUUGUAUGAUGCAGAUAUUAUAUGUGCUACAUUGGCUGGAAGUGGUCAUGAAAGACUGUUGAAUAUGGCAAAUGACUUUGAGACUGUGAUAAUAGAUGAGGCGGCACAAUCAAUUGAAUUGUCUAGUUUAAUUCCAUUAAAGUACAAUCCUAAAAGAUGUAUAAUUGUUGGAGAUCCUAAUCAAUUGCCUCCAACAGUUCUUUCACAAAAAGCAACAGAAUUCUCAUACAAUCAAAGUCUCUUUCUUAGAUUUCAAAAACUUGUGCCUGAAUGUGUACAUCUUUUAAAUACACAAUAUAGAAUGCAUCCUGAUAUAAGUAAAUUUCCUAGUGACUUGUUCUAUAAUUCUGAACUAAAAGAUGCAGACGGCUUAUCCGAAAAAAAAUUACAACCAUGGCAUGGAAACAAAUUUUUUGGUCCUUACAGAUUCUUUGAUAUACAAGGUUCAAUGGGAUAUGAUAAAAGCUCAAUAUAUAAUAGAAAAGAAGCUCAUACUAUAUUACAAUUAUAUAGUACUUUGGUCAAAGAACAUCCAGGCAUUGAUUUUAAGGGAAAAGUAGGAAUUAUUUCUCCAUACAAACGACAAGUAUCUGAGCUCAAGAAACUUUUUAAAUCAAAAAUUCCACAUAGCUCAUAUUUAUCAAUAGAUUUUAAUACUGUUGAUGGUUUUCAAGGGAAAGAAAAGGAUAUUAUAAUAUUAUCAUGUGUUCGUGCUGGUGAUGCUAAAAGUAUAGGGUUUUUACGAGACUUAAGAAGAAUGAAUGUUUCAUUAACACGAGCCAAAAGCUCAUUAUUUAUUAUUGGAGAUUCAAAGUCUUUAGAAACUAAUGAAAACUGGAACAAACUAGUUUUAGACGCAAAGGAGAGAAAUUUAUUUACAAAUUGUUCAGAUACUGAAUAUUGUAACUUAUUUGGUGUUACUACUUUGGAAUUGAAUGCAUGGGAUUUUGCAAUACCAAGAAUUGUCCAAGUGAUUUAA